CGCCAGCGCCUGCGCAGUUCGGUCAGAGGGGCACCAGCAGUUCCAGCCCGGGUCCGGGUGAUGGCGGCCCGCCCCAGCGCCAGUGGCGGCGCCUGCGGUGGCACAUCUUUAAGGGGGCUCCGAGAACAAAUGGUUGCUGUAGCACAAGCAAUUGCUGACGAAAGACGAAAUCAAAAUCGAUUUACUCCUGUUGCAUCCCAACAUUCAAAUCUAAGGUCAUCAUUUAAACCAGUAAUAGACGGUUCUGUACUCAAAAAUGACACGAAACAAAAAUUGGUAAAAGAACGCAGAGAAGAAAAGAGAAGACAAGAAGAUGCCAACAAGGAAACACAACUACUCGAAAAAGAAAGGAAGGCCAGGCUUCAGUAUGAAAAGCAGAUAGAAGAGAGACAACGUAAACUGAAAGAACAGAAAGACCGAGAUGAGAGAAGGAGGAUAUCUGCGGAAGAAAAAAGGAAGCAGAAACUGGCAGAAGAACAGGCCAAGUUUAAAGCUGUUGUUCAUCGCACUUUGGAACGGAGUAGUCGUGUUGGCCGUCAACAAAAGAGGUGGUCAUGGGAAAGCUCUUUCCCCCUGGACUGUGACAGCAAAUGCGGUAUAACAAAAAAUAAGAGAAGCUCAUCUCUAAGUAGAAAAGAUAAACUGCAUUCAUUUGGUGACAGAAGACAAUCAGAGAAUGAGCCAGGCACCAGCACUACUGUAUUCCGAUAUGUACACGUGCCCUUGCGUAGAUACAGCAGUGAUGAACUGAAGCCGGUUUUCCUGCCUCCUAAGACGGUAGUGAAGACACCAUCUCAGACUGUACUGGAAGUAACAGCUCAGGAGAAAGUAGAAACAUCUGCCCAGGUGAGCGUGGACGCACCCCCUGAGGCCAGCGCAGAAGCACCUGCCCAGGCAAAUACAGAAGCGCCCCCUAAGGCGAGUGCAGAGGAGCCCCCCAAGGCACACACGGAAGCCCCGCCCAAGGUGAUCAUGAAAGUGCUCUCCAGGGCAAGAGAGGAAGCGCCUCCCGAGGUGAGCGUGGAUGCCUCUCCCAUGGUAAGCGUGCAAACAACCCCCCUGCUGAGCAUGGACGUAUCCCCCAUGGUGAGCGGGGAUACCUCUGCUGAGGUGAGCGUGGAAUCAUCCCCUGAGGUGAGCGUGGAAACCCCCCCUGAGGCGAGUGUGGAAGUGUCACCAGAGGAGAGCGGGGAAGCAGCCCCUGAGGCGAGUGUGGAAGUGCCCCCCAAGGCAGCCCCUGAGAAUCUAGUCAAGGACAUACUGGCCUCAUACCCUCUUGCCAAGAAGUUCCCAUCAUCACUCCCACCAUGUCCUAGGUGGUCAUCAUCUGUACUGGGCUACCGACUCCCAUUUUCUCAACAUGCUAAGCAAAGCCAUAAGACCAGCCCCCUGUCACCUUCACCGUUCAUGUCAAAACAGUCAGCACAGAGUUCUCUGUUCUAUAAAAUGACACCGGACCAACGUGCCCUAUUUUCACAAAGUGCAUUAGGUUCUUUCCCAAAGAAAAGAGAAACUGCUUCCAAAACAAUAAGAAAAUGUGAGGCUGUGAGCCAAAGGCAUAUGAUGUCUGAAGAGUCUGGUAUUAAAAGCACACCAGGGACUAUGAGUGCUGAGGAGGCUACAAAAAUAUUGACAGAAAGACGCCGUCUUGCUCGUGAACAAAAACUCAAAGAUGAAGAAAGACUACAAAAAGAUACAGAACCAAGUACCGUUAGAAAAGCAAAAGACAUAACAAAGAAAAUAGUUGAAGACCAAGCACAAGAAGUCUCAAAGACUGAUGAUGAGAAUCUGCAACAGGAGCUUGAAAAGAAAAAAGCAUCUGCACACCAAAAAUAUCAGGAGACUCUGCCACAGAAUGGGGCAAUCAGAAUAAAAGCUCAAGAAGAAGAUGACAGUCGUAAAAAGGAACAUGAAAGAAUUAUGUUGCAAAACUUACAAGAAAGACUAGAGAGAAAAAAGAGAAUUGAGGAAAUAAUGAAGCGGACACGAAAGACAGAUGCGAGUACCUCAAAGGCUGCAGAAGCAUCUGGCAAUGAUACAUAUGAGGAGGACGAAGCUGACGAUGAGGACACAACGGCAAGUGAAAGUGAAAAGGAUUCCUUGGAUUCGCUGUUUCCACCAGGUACAUCUAACAAGCUCAGAAUGGCUUUCAGAAAGCCGAAGAAAAUGCCUCAACAGCUGGUGUUUUUGAAAGACAGUCCUGAACCAAUCUAUAAAGAAACAAACAUAUCUAUUAAUGGUGAUAUCGGCAGUGUCAUACCAAAAAGCAAGAAAGACCACUUAACUCAAGGAAAAAGCUAUAGACCAUCCAAAAAAAGAGCAUCCACACAUAGAGCAAAAACUGGGAAAGCACAUGAAACCAACACCACCUCCAGAUCCACUCCAUGCCUGAAACCCAACCAAGAACCGGUCUGCAGCACUGUUGUUGACCUAAGUCACAACACCAAAUCACCUGUCACAAAUAUCCCUCCUAAGAGCCACCAACAAAAUGCAAUGGGUUCCACAACACCUGCCCAAAGUCACGAAGCACCUUCUGACGAGAAGAAAGGAAGCAAACCUGAUUCUUCAGGUCAUUCUGAUGUGUAAGCUUCGUUGGACCUGGGAAGUGAAUCUUCCACCUCUCUUAGCUCAACUCCCAAGCCUGUUUCCCCAAAUUUCUGCUCAGGAGUUAAAUCUGGCAAAGCAAAUGAACAUUAAAAAAAAAUCCAAAGGUUGCCUUGAUAUAUAACUCCAAAGAUAUUCCUAUCAUCUCUUGUGUACAAGCAAGAGUCUUAAGGAAAGUGUUGUUUUUAUUUUCAUUGAGAAAUCACCAGUGCCUUUCAUUCUUGUAUUUGCUUACCAGCACAUGUGCUGUCAUGAAUGUAUCUCAAAGCUGCUUGCAUAAAAUGGUAACUGCCAACUUUCUACAGAAUCUUCCUUAGGGAAGGAUUCUCUUUGAGUAUAUAUUGGAUAUCAUAACAUAAUAUUUCUUCUGUGUAACAGUGACAUUAAUUUUAACAACUAAAAGCUCAAUCUGAUCUGGUAGAAAACAUAAAGGAUUAUGUGGAUUGCUCCCAAGAGCCAUGCCAGAUUUCUAAUAUACAAAUAUCAAAGAUUACAAAAUAGCACCAAGCAUAUUUUACCAUGAUAUAUGUAUGUUUCUAACUCUGUCAUUGUUGGUGCCAGGCAUUGAUGCCCCCAGAGGCCAGGAGCGCUAGAAAGCAGAGUCUUGGAACAGUCAACAUCUCUCCUGUUCUUGUCAGUAUUUCUUUUCGCAGUACCUAAUGGGGUAUCUCUGCCAAAAUGGGUGUUACUUAGAUAGCAGACAGCUUUGCUGUUGUCCCGUGGAGCAUGUUUAACUCUUCUAAAUGUUCAGUUUUGUAAUCUUCUGUGUGUAGUCACCAGUUGUGUCCUUCAUUAUCUACUCAGGCUUAUCUGUAACCAAAAUAGACUUGCCUUUCUCUAGGCACUGGCUGAAGGUGAGUACAGGAGUGGUGCUAUUCCCCAGUACCUGUGACACACAUAGGUACCCACAUGUAGACACACACGCACACACACACACACGAUAUAUAUAAUUCCAUAAAAAAGUGGAUGCAAAUUAAUUGUCCUAAUGCAUUUUUGAUGUUGAAUUUUGAAGAGUUUGGAUCAGGCCAGUGUUCCUUUUGGCCACCAGUUUUAAAUUAGUAAAGGAGAGAAUUGUUCUUGGUGAUUCCCUUCUUUCUGACUCAGAGACUUGUAUCUUUGUUACAGGUAGAGCAAGGUGUCUUAGCUCUAAAAACUGUUUUAUGUACUAGCUCUUGUUCAAAUGGAGGGCAGAAACAAUCAUACUAACAAAUGAGUUUCUGAUAUUUUUCUACACAAAUCUUACAUAUUGGAAUACUCGGUUACAGCUCCCUAUUAAGUUGUGCUAUAUGAAAUAAACUUUGCAGAUAAAA